GGAGGGAAGUGGGUGGAGGUGUGGUUGUGAGUGUUUGUGCGUUCCUUGGCGGCGAGGGCUGAGUCUGACAUUUGGAACGUAGAGAGCAGAAGGAAUUGGGCUUCAACAGAAAGGCUACCAUCAAAAAUCAUCAUGUUGGUUCUUCUAGCUGGAAUCUUCCUCCUUCACCUCACCAGCAUCAUCCUCCUCCUGGUGGCAACUAUAGACAAUGCCUGGUGGGUGACAAAAAUUGUGUCCACUGAUGUGUGGGCCAGGUGGAUACUGACCAAUGGAACCUGGAGCUCCAACGAUCUCCCCGGCCAGUACCCUCAAGAAUACCUCCAGGCAGUGCAGGCUAGCUCCAUUUUGGCCUGCAUAUUCUCUUCCCUUGGCCUGUUUGUGUUUGUGGGACAGCUCUUCACUCUGUCAAAGGGACAGAGAUUCACCUUCUCUGGCAUCUUCCAGCUCCUAGCCUGCCUGUGCAUCAUGAUCGCUGCCUCCAUCUACACAGACAUCUUUCACAAGAAUGAAUCUGAUGGUUGGUAUGGCCACUCCUUCAUUCUGGCCUGGAUCUCCUUUGCGUUCACCUUCAUCUCCAGUAUAAUCUACUUUGUCCUGCGAAAGAAGACCGCAAACUAGAAGCAGAAGACUAGCCCAAACCCAAGGGACAGGCUCAAUAUCUUACGAUCGGAUUGUUUUUUGUACAAUUAGGUAUGGAUAUGAGUGUGGGAUGCAAAAGGGGAGAGUUAUCCACAGAUUUUCUGGCUUGAAUUUUGAUUCAUGUAUCUCUUUCGGUUCCCUGAAGUGUGUCUAAACAUAUUGUAAUAAGUUACCUGUUCUGCCCACAGUUAUAACUUACCUGUCCUGCCCACAGUUAUAACUUACCUGUCAUGCCCAUAGUUAUAACUUACCUGUCCUGCCCACAUAGUAAUAACCUACCUGUCAUGCCCAUAGUUAUAACUUACCUGUCCUGCCCACAUAGUAAUAACCUACCUGUCAUGCCCAUAGUUAUAACUUACCUGUCCUGCCCACAUAGUAAUAACCUACCUGUCCUGCCCACAUAGUAAUAACCUACCUGUCCUGCCCACAUAGUAAUAACCUACCUGUCCUGCCCACAUAGUAAUAACCUACCUGUCCUGCCCACAUAGUAAUAACCUACCUGUCCUGCCCACAUAGUAAUAACCUACCUGUCCUGCCCACAUAGUAAUAACCUACCUGUCCUGCCCACAUAUUACCAAGUCCAUGUUUAGUUUUCGAUAUAAAGUGGGACAACAUUUUCAAAGUGAAUGAAACUUUUACAGCCCUCAUAUAUUUGUUGAAGGUAUAGGGGAGUCAGAGAGUAUAGACCGACAGUAUCUCAUUAUUUCAGAAUCAUAGUCCUGAACUAUUCUUGCUUACAUUUGAUUUAUUUCUCAAUUAGGCUCAUAAUAAAACAAGGCCAAAACUCUCAAAACCAGAAGAAUGAAUUGACUAGUGUCGCAAACAGAAUCCAAUUUGAGAAACAGUCAACGAUCAUUACCCCGUUUGACCUACAGUCCUACUGUAGUGUGCUGAAUAAGACAAACAUAUUAUGCAUUUGCCGAUGUCCAUACAUUGAAUGGAACAUUAGUACUAACCUCACUGCUAAAUGGACCACUCCCCUUUUUAGUUAUGUCAUUAUUUUUGCCAAUUAUUUUAUGCUUUGUACCAUUAGUCUUAUUGUGUAGGUUAACUUCCGUUUGUCUGAAUCAACCUAUUCCCCCAGACAGACAGACGGAUUGAUCUUGAGUGCCUUGAAAUCUGACAGAGCAUAUUUGCUCGAUGCACAUUGAGAUGUGUAAAUAUGAACAUGUUUGGUUACACAUUGUGCUUUGUAUGUCUAAUGCAAUUUUAUUUUUGUUACUAUUAUCAGUAUGAUAAUAAUUUGUAUUAAAACCUGAUUUAAAUCUAA